AUGCUGCUGCUUCCAAUCAGAUCGCUCGCCUCGUCCUUCACGCGCAAUGACGGGAUGGUCAUGACAGGAGAUCUCAUUCAUGUAGCAUCGUUGCCUAACAUAUCCAUGUUGAGGUUAGAAUUGUUGCACUAUGAUGUCAAAAUGAAUCUAACCAUAUUUCUUCCAAUAACAGCCUACAGUGGUAACUCUGGGUUUGUCAUCGAGGAUAAGUACAACACUGGUAUCAGCGAUCCAGAAUACUGGAACCCGAUCUCUAUCAACACCAAGUAUGGCGGAGGCUUCGGUACUGGUGUGACAGGAGCUGCUGAGGGUGGAUGGCAUCUCUUCGAUGGGUCUGUCGACACCAGCAUCAUGUAA